GACCUGUCAAUGUCAACACUCAGUCAACUGUGAACACUCUCUGUCUACUCCAUAAGCCCUUUUCCUAUUCCCCAAUUCUCUGGUCUAGGUUCCAGACUGCUAUCUCACUGCCAAAUAGUCUCAAAGCACGAGAACUGUGGCCUGGUAGCGCAGAGCAUAUCGAAUCGGUCACGUCACGCCAAGAACUCAACCCCGCCAUAUCGACAUUGAAGAUUGCGAAACGACAACACGAUCAAGCUCAUCGCCAGUCAACUAGGGCCAGGCGCAAUGUCACAAGAAGAAUAUUUUGAUCUGGGUACAUACCACCGUCCAGUCACUACCACCUCCACCACCAGCCAAACAUGGUUCAAUCGCGGUCUGAUUUGGAUGUACGCAUUCAACCACGAAGAAUCCGCCAGGUGCUUCGAACGUGCCAUUGAGGCAGACGAGGCCUGUGCCAUGGCCUACUGGGGCCUUGCCUACGCCAUUGGCGCCAACUACAACAAGCCCUGGAGCUUUUUCGACGAUUUGGAUCUUGCCACCGUGGUGAAGCGGGGACAUGCUGCGGCGAAGAAAGCCGAGUCGUACGCAUCGAAAGUGUCGGCGGUGGAAACAGCGCUCAUCAAAGCCAUUCAGUCGCGAUAUCCUGAAGAAAUACCCACUAAGCCAUUCUCCGCAUGGAACGAGGACUUUGCACAGGCCAUGGAGGCAGUGCACCGGGAAUUCCCAGACGAUCUGGACGUCAUCACGACAUACGCGGAUGCGCUCAUGAACCUCAAACCAUGGGACCUCUGGGACCUGAAGACUGGCCAACCCACCGAGGGAGCGCCCACGCUGAAAACCAAGGCGAUCAUUGACCGCGCACUAAUGCUCGAUGGCGCUCUGAAGCAUCCAGGGCUGUUACACCUGUAUAUUCACCUGAUGGAGAUGUCUCCCGAACCCGAAGCCGCACUUCCCAUAGCCAAUCAUCUGCGCGGGCUGGUCCCCGACGGCGGCCACCUCCACCACAUGCCCACCCACCUGGACAUCAUCUGCGGACGAUAUGAUCAAGCCAUCACUUGGAACUCGGCCGCGAUCGAAGCCGAUGAGAAGUACCACCAGCGCGUCGGCCCGCUCAACUUCUACACUCUCUACCGAGCCCACGACUACCACUUCCGCAUCUACGCCGCCAUGUUCUCCGGCCGCUACCAAGUAGCCAUAGACACUGUGCAGCGACUCGAGGCCUCCAUCCCAGAGAGUCUGCUUCGAGUCGAAUCCCCACCCAUGGCCGACUGGCUGGAAGCCUUCCUAUCCGUGCGCCUCCACGUGCUUAUCCGCUUCGGCCGGUGGGACGAGAUCAUCCAGCUAGCCCUGCCGAGCGAUGAAUCCCUCUAUUCGAUGACCACCGCGAUCACACAUUACGCCAAGACCGUGGCCUACGCCGCCACCGGCCAGGUCGUAGAAGCCCGCGCGCAACGCCACCACUUCUGUCUCGCCGUCCAACGCGUCCAGCCCUCCCGCACCCUCUUCAACAACCAAUGCCUGAAGAUCCUCGACAUCGCCUUCGCGAUGCUGGAAGGCGAGCUUCAGUAUCGCGAGGGAGAAUUCGAUGCCGCUUUCUCCUCUCUCCGGCGCGCAAUCGAGCUCGAAGACAACCUGCCCUACGAUGAACCGUGGGGGUGGAUGCAGCCGACGCGCCACGCGUAUGGAGCGCUGCUGAUGGAACAGGGCCAUGUGCAGCAGGCGCUGGAUGUGUAUAUGGCGGACUUGGGCAUGACGGAGGCGCUGCCUCGGGCCCUGCGGCAUCCGAACAAUGUAUGGGCAUUGCAUGGGGUGCACGAGUGCUUUGUUGCGUUGGGGAAGGUGGAGGAGGCGAAGAAGAUUGAAAGUCAGGUGAGGACAGCAGUCGCUGCGGCGGACGUGCCGAUCCGGGCGUCAUGCUUCUGUCGGCUGGAAGUGUGAGGCGGUUGAGUAUUCAUGGUAGUUACAUUGGUGCUCGCCUUCUGUUGUAAUCACAAAGCUUGAAUGUCGAGUUGGCCCA